AUGGAUUUCCCUAAACUCUGCUCCUCGAAUGUUCACGUGGUGGAGAACUUAGGACAGACGCGAUUCUUUCUAUACAGCUGGAAGGGUGAUCAGAUCGGCAGCCAAGAAUGGCGACAAUAUACACAAGAGACCGUUGCAUCCCUUCGAGAACAGAACGUCCUGUGCUCGCGUCAAGAAAGCGAUCUUUGGGUUUUUGGAGAUGUGACAAAGGAACAGCAAGAAGUCUUGAAAUCUUACGAUAGCCUAUUCUUGGGAGACGAGGGCAAGAUUGAAGAGUAUGGCGCGAAUCAGAUCAGUGGCAGAAGACCUGUGAAAGACGUGUUACUGGAUGCCAUCGAGCGUGCGAUCGCCUUCCGCCUAGCCAAGGACAGCACCGGUAUUCAUGUGGCACCAUGGACCUGGAUCUACUGCAGCCGCGACGACGAGGAACCAUUCGGUCUGGAGAGUACUGUCAUGAAACUUCACGCGAGAUUUGCCCCAACCGGUGCCCUCUAUUUGGUUCCAGAAUCUGUAUCUUCCCAGUGGUUUCCAGCUGAUCUAGCACGUGUGAGGAACAACCUCGAUGUACUUAUUGCGCCCUUUGGCAGACUCGCAAGAACAGUGCCUGACGACGGCGAUGUGAAGACCACUGUCUCUGGUGCAAACUGGUACUCGCACGUCCAGGAUGCACUCCGUACGGAAGGUAUUCAUCUGGAUGAUGAUGAGCCAUGGCACGCAAUACAAUUCCAAGACGACCCACCGAACGACGCUUUCGAAUGGCCAGCACGACUUUGCUUCAUAUCCGGGCAAAAAAUACCCAUGCCUGGUCUGAACUUUCAUGACUGGCGCUCCUGGUUCACUGGAGCGACCAAUGAUGCGUCCUUCCGAAAUCCUCUCGCAACAGCUGAAGAGUGGUUCUUGGGCGCUGCUGCUCGGGAACGUGCAGCCCAGCAGGUUGGCCAGAUCGAUUCGUCUGUCAACGGCUUAGACGACUCGAUCGAAUCUGGCCCUGCUAUCCCCGCCUCUCUACCUCAAUCCGUCAAUGACACGAGUCUCGCGACGUCGCCUCUUUUCAAUCAACGCAAUCUGGAACAACAAGCGGCGAUGGCUGGAAUAUAUCCGACACCUCCAGAUGGUCUCACGCAAAGCCAGCCCAUGCCUAAUAUCAAUGCAGUAAACACUCCCUCCAUUACACAAGCGGAGGUUGCGCCUGCCAGCAGUGAUCUUCUGCCAACGAUUGACGAAACCCAAUUCAAGAGCAAUGAAUUCAGUAUGUCUGCCGAACCAGAACCAUAUCAGAUGGGGCAGGAAGACUUAUUUGGAGAUGUGGGAGAGAUGGAGUUUGGCGACCAUGAAGUUGGUGAUGCCGACUUUAGCUUUUUCGACGAACCAGAUGAUGAUCCUGUUGCGCCCUCUCCGGCAGAUAUCGAGAUGUUAGAGGCCCCAGUACCAGCUACGAACGACAGUAGUGAUCAGGCAAUGGCUACAGAGCCUGAAAUGCCUCUGUCCGUGGACAUGGACAAGGACACUUUUGAGCCUCCACUUGGAGGUGUUACAAUGGCCGAAGGAUCUGGGCUGCCGAAGCCUUUGGAUGCGGAAGUAAAGAUUGACGACGCUCCCAAGGACGAGCAACCAUCUGCGACGCAUGUCUUGGAGCCAGAAAAACCACUCAGCCCGUUCGGCAUAAGAGAGCGACUUCUACCGCCCCCUGUGCCGGCAAGCAUAGCACAGAAUAGUGUCAAUGUUGAGGGUAGCCGCAGAAGGAGUACUUUCAGUCCAAUUGCUUUUAGAGAUGGCCUGCACUUGGGAACAAAGUACGCCGACGCAACGAUUCCUACUGGCAGUGAGAAACCUGGCGAGAACCGUCCAACCGAACCUGACAUCAACCUUCCAUCGACUCGCAAGAAGUCGCGAAUGCUAAGGAGGGGCAAUGAAUCCGACGAAGAAAGUGACAGCGAGGAAGACUCGUUUGAGUCAGAGUCCGGUGAAAGUGAAGCAGAGCUUCCUCCCAAAUUACCAUGGGACAGCAAAAAGCGGAAGCGCUACAUUGACCACGACUCUGCGGGUUCACUCGCUUGGCUUGACAUGUCUCAAUCUAUCGAGCAUAGGACCGACGAUGACAUUUCACCGGCGACAGUGGCAAAGAUACUUGAGAAAUGUUUGGCUUCCAGCAAGGCAUUCGAUACCACUCAGCUCCGCAAGAAACCAGUCCAUGGCAGGAACAUAGUUGGAGUCGAUCCCUUGGAGCGUAAUGACGCUGUGAACUCCGGCGCCACUCCCAUGCCUUACAUCGAGGAUGUGUACGACCUUCGAAAAGACGAUCUUGUUUGCAUCGCACAAAUCGUUUGCGAAGUUGCAAUCACUACCCUGCAUACGGCUCCCCAAGAUCUCAGCAACGACGAUCCACAUUCGACAGGUCCUUUCUCUAUACUUGGUGGCUCGGAAACAAGUCUGAGAAGUGCGCUCAUGAGCGUGUUGCCAGACUCCGAGGUGUGUGAUCUGGGCAAGGUCGCUUUGACGAGAGAGCCACCGCCGCGACCUGGACCGAACCCUGGCAAAACGCCUCAAGGGCAGCCGCGUCCUCCACAGCGCUCUGAUAGCAUGAUGCUAGGCCCGGACUACUUCCCUCUGACUGCUCCGUACGUGAAGAUCCAGCGAGGGGUAGACAAUUGGGAGAUGCUACCGGCUAGCUUGUCCUUCUGGGAGCCUCUUGGUCUCGGCCCUGCAAGUGGACCCAAGAAACUGCGUGCCUUUUCCCUCUUUCCCGCGAAUGAAGAUCUGCAGCAUUUGGUUGAACAAUAUGUCGCCGAUAUAGGCACUGCGUUUGAAAGUUGCAAACUUGGUUCGCAUGUUUACCUACGCAAUGCUGCGGAGAAGGACGAGCUGGAUAGUUACGAAGAUGGGAUGGCACCCGUAGAACUUGGCGACGAUGUCUCUUUGGGAGGGGCUUUGAAAGCCUAUGCUGCUGCAUCCACAGAGCUUGGAAAGGCUCUGUCGACGAUCAGCUUCGAUGAGAGUGACAAGACCAUUGUCAUCUACAUGAUAAACCCCUUCCAGGACAGGGCGACACUCCAGCACCUCUGCGCUUGUUUCUGGUUGCUUUUCAAGGCCUACAGAGACAAUCUACCCAAAGCUCGCAGGAACCAGUGCCUUGGAGACAUAGUCCUGCAGGUGAUUCCCAUCGACGCAAUCGCUUCCCUGGAUUCGCUUGUCGUGCGAGACGCGAAGCAAAUGGCGAUGCUGGCGCGAGAGGUAUAUGAUCGAUGUCCACCUUCAUCCUCGACACAGCUCUCCGAAAAUCUCUCGCCGCUUCCUAUACUCGUCGCUCCCUCGGUUGAGUUGGCGAGCACAGCACCGAAGAGGAUUGGCUUUCAACUCACUGCAGAGCCUCCGAGCGAUCUGUUGCACGAAGGGUCUGUACUACACGUCGCCUAUGCUAUCAGUCGAGAUAGGCAGUGGCUGACCGCAGGCUGGAUUGACAGCACUGGCCAGCACCAGUCUACUGUCACAUUCUGCCUACGCGGGAGAUCCUUCGCCGACGUCGCUGAAGAUGUGUGGGAGCGAACGCGGGAGAUCAUGGCUGCGAGGCAAGUGAUGUGGCGCAUCUUCAUACUCACGCCAGAGCCCGUCGAUCGUGCGACCUCUCAAUGCUGGCGAGCUCUCGCCACGAAGCCGAGGCCACAACCUCUGUGCGUAACAAUGUCAUCGGCACAGAUCGACUCUGCGCUUCAGAUUUUCCCACCCGCUGCCGCCAGCGACCAGGCAACUGGAAAAGACGCUCCGGAUUCGGCCUUCCUCACGCCAGCAUCCACGCCGCAAGGCAACAACUUCACGAGUUCUCCAGAUGUCAGCGGCCUUGCGAAUGCGCCGUUGACUCCAGCGCCAAGUGAGACGGCUGCUUCUAUCGCGGAGAACGAUCCUGACGCUCAUCUGACGGACAUCACGGACGAGACGUGGGGAGUCCUGCUGUCGCCUAAACUGACCCAUCUGGCUUCUAAUACUGGUCUGGCUAAUGGCAUUAUCUUCAAGCGAGGGGAUACCGAGUCAGUGCCUACCAGCUCCUCAGCGACUCCCAGCGAGGGGCUUCCAAGCCUGGGAAUUGGUCUGCAUUGGACGAUUCAGGUCAAGCCCACUGGUGGUGUGGACGAAGGUAGCAUUCGACAAGCGGAACUGACAUUGAGGGAGCUGUUGAAGCUGUAUCGCAACUUGGCGUUGUUGACGAAAGCGAAGGGUUUAGAACGUGAGGAUAUGCAACUAGUGCCGCUUCACGUCGCAAUGGCGAUUCGAGGGGCGAGUGGAUUGGAAGGCAUGCUGGCGCCAGUUGUGAGCUGA